UUUUGUGAAAUCUUUAACAUCGAAAUAUUUGACGUCCUGAAACCUCCAAAUUACUAGAUUUCGCCGAGGAUGUCGAACUCACUGAGCGACAAGGCCGACGAUGCCAAGAGGCAGAUAUCAAAUGAGGACACGACUAUUAGCAAAGAAGAAGUCGUUUCUGCCCAUGGCGUCCCCGACAUCGCGAAUCUGGCACAGGCUAAUUUGAGGGGGUUGAGAGCGCCUGAGAUCAUCGCGAGAUUGACACCGGAACAGCGAGUUGAGCUGGAGAAUAGGUUGAGGAGAAAGAUUGACUGGCGAUUGCUUCCAAUGAUCAUUAUUAUGUACAUUUUGAACUAUAUCGAUCGGAACAAUAUCGCUGCCGCGAAACUUGCUGGUCUCCCCGAAGACUUGAAUUUAGAUCCCAACUCAAGCGAAUUCCAAACCGCUGUGAGCAUUCUAUUUGUCGGGUAAGAUUUGCGCACUGUUGCGGCACAGCAGGGUAUGGGCUAACAAACAGAACUGUAGCUAUCUUCUCAUGCAAAUACCAUCGAAUCUGUUCCUGAACAAGAUUGGCAAACCGGCUAUCUACCUCCCAGCAUGUAUGAUGGUAUGGGGCGUUAUCUCGACGGCUACUGCUUCUGUCAAGAACUUUGGUGGUCUCAUUGCCAUUCGGUUCUUUCUAGGUUUCGUUGAGGCAGCUUACUUU